UUGAACCGUUGGACACCAGCGAGUGUCACAAAAGGUGCGAUUUCUGCUCAAGUUAUUGUGCCUGUCACAUGUGUUCGAUCGAUGGAUCAUAUAAGCAUAUCCGAAAAACGAAACCUUCAAUCGCUAUUCCCUAUAUUCAUCCCAAUCGUGAGCACUUAGAUGAAAGAGCAAUUUAUGGCUUCAUUGUAUAUCUUGUAUGUUUUCCUGCAUUUGUAUUGUAUGUAAUUUGGGCAUAUAUUCCACAUGAAUGGUUGAAUCUAAUUGGAAUAACAUACCUACCCAACAAACACUGGUCAGUUACUGCACCAAUCUCACUACUGAUUAUAUGUAUAUCUGGUCUUUUUGCUUAUAUUUGGAAUAAUCGUUCACUCAUGCAACCGCUUACAUCGAUUUAUCAAAUUAGAGAUUCACUUUCAAUGCAUGCUCAAAAUCCAACUGAUAGUUAUGUCACAGAUCAACAGUCUAAUUCAAACGUAUCAAAACCAGUGGAAUUAUUGAGACCAUUAUCGAUAGUCCCCCCUGUGUAUGAUUUGGAUCAUAUUUGGGUGACAAGCGAGUUGUAUUUAAAGACAAAUCAAGUUACCAUCUCAAGCAUUAUUGACCAUGAUAAUAUGAAGCGUUAACAAAACAGAAAGGAUAAGAUUUUGUUUUUGUAAAUUAUUAGGUGUUGAUUGCUGUAAAUAUUUUGACGUUCCCUGCAAAUCAUAUCCGUAUAAAGUUUUCCGACAA